AGGUACACUUUUGACUACUUGCCCGGCCUCGAAAAAGUGGCCGGAUUGAAAAAUAUCGCUCGUUCAAUUGAGCCACGACGACGACGACGACGACAAACAUUAACUCAUUCUUCACUGGACCGUCCACUGCCCGACCACGAUGUGACGACUUUGCAACGUCGUUGUCACAAGUUGGCAUGUCCACAAUCUGGACGAAUGGCGAGACUGUUUCCGGUCGACUUGCCCCUUGAACUCGGUCCCUCGACCUCUUCACGGGCAACCUUGACUCACCUCGAAGGACCGUUGGGUCUAUUUUCCUCUUUCGCUCAGCUCAUUUAA